AUGGCUACCACCAGUACACACCAUUCAAAUCCAAUAAAUCCGGAUUUCACCUUAUCUCCACGACAAGAGGAAUUACUUUUCGCUGCUCUCAAUUCAAACAAAUCUUCAAACAAUAUGGAUACCUCAAUUUCUGCUCAGAACCAUGGCCUUCCAAACAUAUCUACACCCGCAUUCAACGAAUCUCCGACCCAAGCUCCGGGUUCGGGUACAUUAAGCGGAUUCGAAGAGAGUCCCUUUAUCGACUACGACUACGAAUUUGAAGGUGAUGAUAGUUUUAACUUCGACUUUACCAAUGAUUCACAAGGACAAAUGAUUGGAAACUUACCUGGAACUUCGUCGGAUGGUGAUGCUGAUAAUCAUGAAAAGAGAAGUCAUCCAGACGACGACGACGAUGAAGAAGGCGGUGGUAAACGAAGAGAAGGCGAUGAUAAAUCGUCGAAGAAGCCCGGUAGAAAACCUCUUACAUCAGAACCCACUUCAAAACGCAAAGCUCAAAAUCGUGCCGCCCAACGUGCGUUCCGUGAGCGAAAAGAAAAGCAUCUAAAGGAUCUUGAGACGAAGGUUGAGGAUUUAGAAAAAGCUUCCGAAUCUGCCAAUCAUGAGAAUAGUAUUCUAAGAGCGCAAAUCGAACGAAUGUCGAUGGAAUUGAGGGAAUACAAGAAGAGAUUGUCUCUCACUGGUGGUAUCAACCGAAGCUCAAAUGGCAACGUUCCAGCUUAUCUCGCAGGCAAAGGGCUUCCAUCUGCAUCUGCUAAUCCAAAUGACGUCAAUUUUCAAUUCGAGUUCCCAAGAUUUGGUCGCCUUCCCGGACCCCCUAUCACUAAUGGAAGCUCAUCAGUCGGACCAUCUAACUCCCCAAUUUCUUCUCAGAAUGCUCCUAGUCCAACUGACAAGAGUCAAACCAGCUCCCGCAAUCAAUCCAAUGCGAGCACCUUUGGUGUUGGUUUGACUCAAACUCCAGUUCAGACUGGCGGUGAUGACAUGUCUUCAUUCUCUGGUUUAUUCUCCCCCGAAAUUUUGGAUAACGCAUCUAAAAGCUCACCAUUCGACGGCUUCGGACAUCUAACCAAUGGUUCAAUGUCAAGUAACGGCUCGCCCAACAUUUCCACCAAUGGUCAAAGUACGUCAUACAGCUCACCGUCGGCUUCUUCGCACUCCAACAACGGAGCAAGUUCAUCUUGUGGAACCUCUCCAGAACCUAUCAACAUGCAGUCACCAUACAACAAAGCUAUUGACAGUACGUUAACAACAAUUGGAGAAGAGAAUACAUGUAGCAACAGCAACUCAGCACCAGGUGAGCUGUCCUUCUGCGAAAAGCUCAACAUGGCUUGCGGCAAUCCCAACAAUCCCAUUCCACGUACAAUGUCUGAACCCGGUAUCAAUUCAGGAAAUGUAGAAACUGCCCUUUUCGAUGUCAACGGUAUUGAUUGGUUCGCUCAACAAAACAACAACCAAUUUGAUCCUCAGCUCUUUGGUGACUACCGCGAACCUCAAAAUAGUGUUCUUUCGAACGAUCCUUUUGCUCUUGAUGAUGGUUUCUUCGCAGAUGCAUUUGAGAUGCCAGAUUUCAAUACUCCAUUCAAUGUUCCAAGUCCCGCAACUACAAAGAAGGAUCUUGUACAACAAAUUGAUGAAAAGCAGAACGAAGAUAAUGAGGUAGUCCCAGGCGAAGAUAGAUCGACGAUGCUUACGUGCAACACCAUUUGGGAUCGUCUCCAAAAUUGUCCCAAGGUCAAGGAAGGCGAAUUUGACCUUGAUGGCCUUUGCAAGGAUCUUCAAAAGAAAGCUAAAUGCUCGGAGACAGGCGCCGUCGUCAACGAAUCCGAUUUCCAGAAAAUCAUGAAGAAUUAUGCCCCUCAAGGCUGCGAAUCUAUGACCUCUCCAAUGGCCAAGAAGGCGUGA